GCCGCCUCUGGGGAAGGAGGCUCCCCGGCCGCCGCCGAAAUGAGUUUCAGCCGCCUCUACCGCCUGGUGAAGCCAGCUCUGCUGUGCGCAGUCCUGGCGGCUCCAGGCCUUUCCAGCAGUAUGGCCUCUGCUUCUUCCCUGUAAAAUGGGAGGCUCAGUGUGGUUGAUCUGAGCCUUUGUCGAGCUGGAAGGACCUUAGAGAUGAUCCAACUGUCCCUGAGGGCUCUGGCUGCCUCCGGGACCUGCAGGCCUGGCUUGGACUCCUGCCUCUGCUCCCUUUGGAGACGUUCUCCAGCCUGUCGGAGCCUGUUUCUCAGGUUCAUGGGGUGCGCUUCCCGCAAUGACUGGAGAUGCGCCAGGUCCAUGCACGAUUUUUCAGCUAAGGACAUUGAUGGGCGCAUAGUGUCCCUGGAUAAGUACAGGGGCUAUGUCUGCAUCGUCACCAAUGUAGCCUCCCAAUGAGGUAAGACAGACGUAAACUACACUCAGCUUGUCGACCUGCACGCCAGAUACGCUGAGCACGGUUUACGGAUCUUAGCCUUCCCCUGCAACCAGUUUGGGAGGCAGGAGCCAGGGAGUAAUGCGGAAAUCCGAGAAUUCGCUGCCGGCUACAAUGUCAAGUUUGAUAUGUACAGCAAGAUAUGUGUCAAUGGUGAUGAUGCCCACCCCCUAUGGAAAUGGAUGAAAAUCCAGCCCAGAGGGAAGGGAAUUUUGGGCAACGCAAUAAAGUGGAACUUCACCAAGUUCCUCGUUGACAAAGACGGCUGUGUGGUGAAGCGGUACGGUCCCAUGGAAGAGCCCCUGGUGAUUGAGAAGGACCUGCCUUGCUACCUCUAGUUUCCCUUCCCUUCCUGCUCCUGUCUCCCCAACCCUCAGAGUCCUCCACCCGGCACCAAUGACGGUCUGCCUUCAAACCAGUUUUCCUGGUGGGGUAGACCCGACAACCUGGCGUGCACCUCCGCCGGAGGAAGGCCCUGGGGGGCACACGGCGACAGCUGGCAGCCUCGAGCCCCUGGCUCAUUCAUUGGAAUAAAAAGUUAAAAA